AUUUUGUAAUAAAAAAACAUUUAAAAGCAAACUAACCCCAUUUGAUUAAAUGAUACUAUAAAUUAAUAUGUUCUUCGUAAAAAGCUGCGUCCCCACAUAUUCUAUUGAUUUUAAAUAUUCGUUUUACUAAAAACCUGCAUAUACACCUCUGAUUCUAUAUAUAGGUGUGAGACCCUCUUCUAUUUUCUUCACUUCACUCCACUCCAACGUAAAAACCUGCUACUUCAAUCUAUCUCUUCAGAGUUUCUUUAUCUUCUCUUAAUUUACACUUGGGGUUUUCAAAGUUAGAGAGAGAGAUGAUGCAGACUCCCUACAAUACUUCAAUGCAGGGGCAGUAUUGUCAUUCUUGCGGAAUGUUCCACCACCACAACCAAAGCUGCUGCUACAACAACAACAACUCCAACGCCGGCUCUUACUCAACGGUCUUUUCCAUGCAAAACGGCGGCGUUUACGAGCCUAAUGGCGAGGAUUAUUACUCUUCCUCCGUCGUUGACUGCACUCUCUCUCUUGGAACUCCUUCCACACGCCUUUGUGAGGAGGAUGAGAAACGCAGACGCUCUACUCCUUCUGGUGCGUCUUCUUGCAUCUCCAACUUCUGGGACUUGCUUCAAAACAAAAACAACAACAACUCCAAAAUGACGCCUAGUAACGUCCCUUCUUACUCCAUUGCUAAUCCCAUCAAGCAAGGACGCGGUUGCUCCGGUGGCAACGGCAGCGGCGGUGGCGAGUCUCUCCUUGCCAGACGCUGUGCUAACUGUGACACAACCUCAACUCCACUAUGGAGAAAUGGUCCUAGAGGCCCUAAGUCCCUAUGCAACGCAUGCGGCAUUCGUUUCAAAAAGGAAGAGAGAAGAACCACGGCGGCUUCAGUAAACGCCGUCGUCGGAGCUGCAACCGUAGCAGUUGAUCAUUACAGUCAUCACAACGCCGGCUACAACAACUACAGUAUUGCAACUGGUAACAACAAUAAUGUUACUUCGUGGGGUCAUCACACGACUCAGAGGGCCCCGUGCAACUAUCCGGCAAACGAGAUUAGGUUCAUGGAUGAUUACGGCGGCGCUGGAGCUAAUAACUGUGAUUCUGAUGGUGGUCACGGCGGCAUUCCGUUUCUUUCGUGGAGGCUUAAUGUGGCGGAUAGGGCAAGUCUUGUCCAUGACUUCACCAGAUAAAAAAAGGAAAGAGCAAUUUACGUUAGAUUUUAAAAUUUCCAUGUGGUUUUUAUUAUAUUAUGUCUAAUUUUAAAAUAGUAAGAAAUGUUUGGAAAGAAAGAUAGAAGUGACGAUGUUAAUGGUAUUGAAAGCGACGGUCUAACUUAUUGUUUAUCCAUAAAGUAGAGCUGUGAUCAAUUUUAAAAUUUCGACUUUCUAUUUUCA